GCUUAGGACGCGCGGAGGCAGGCACGCUGCGGGCAGGCCUGGAGGGGGCGGGUCCGUGCGGGCCUCAGUGCCACCCGCCAGGCCUGAGGAGUGGCGAGGGAGGUCACGGUGUGAAGGUGUAUCCGCUACAGCCGCGCCCGUUGCCUCUGCGAGCUGUGAGCGUUGGGAACAACCAUGUCCUACUGCCGGCAGGAAGGGAAGGAUCAGAUCAUAUUUGUGACCAAAGAAGACCAUGAAACUCCUAGCAGUGCAGAGCUGGUGGCUGAUGACCCCAAUGACCCCUAUGAGGAGCACGGGUUGAUACUGCCUAACGGAGAUAUUAACUGGAAUUGCCCAUGUCUUGGGGGAAUGGCCAGCGGCCCCUGUGGGGAGCAGUUCAAGUCUGCCUUUUCCUGCUUCCACUACAGCACAGAGGAUAUCAAAGGAUCAGACUGUAUAGACCAGUUCCGGGCCAUGCAAGAGUGCAUGCAGAAAUACCCAGACCUCUAUCCCCAAGAUGAGGAGGAGGAAGAGGAGACAAAGCCAGUGGAGCAGGUGGAGGAGACAGCUGACAAUAAGGUCUCUGCAGCCAAAGAGCAGGAGGCAAGCUCCUGAAGGCCACAGGCCCUGGCUGCCACUCACCAUGGGACUUUAUAUACAAUGCCUUUUGGUCACCUCUGUGAAAGUUCUUUCCCUCUGUGCACUGUAAUAUACAAAAUAACUUAUUUUAAUGAUCGGGGUCUUGGCCAUAUACACUGAAGAAAAGGGGGUUUGUGCACCUGUGUCCUGCAUAAUCCAGUCCUUAAAUGUUAGGCCACUCCUGGAUGUACUAUUCUGUGAUUGUCCUGGAUUUUGCCACUUUGAAAUAAUGUGCUGAGGCUUCUCAGCAACCAAAAGUUGUUACUCAGGAAAGUUUAUCGUGAGAAAGCUGAUCUAUUCUGAUCCAUUGUAUCCCUUUUGGUAGAUUUUACACCUCUUUGGGAAAUUAAGUAAAUAGAUGCCAAAACUCCUUUAAGUGUGGGUCCAUUCCUACUGGAAGAGGCUGGUGGUCAGGUGCUUGCUGGAGCGCAUGGGGCUGCUGCCUUGUUCCUGACUGCUGAGUUUCUGUGUAUGCAGUCCAGGCUCCAGUGCCUACAGUUGCAGGGUGGGAUUGGACCUUGUGACUCCCAGUCCUUCCUAAGUGAAAGGAGAGGCGGGGUUUCUUGCAGUUUCUUGUUUUGCUAUUCUGAGAGCCCUGGUUUGGGGCCCAUGUUCACUCAGUUGUGAUACUGAGGUGGGGACCUAGCUGCUUCCAGAGCAGAAGCCAACAGAGGAAUGUCUGAAUGAAGUAAUUCAAUUAAAAAGAAACAAUUUCUAUCUGA